CUAGGGUUAAGAGAAAUAAGGGCUUCUAAUUUUUGAGGAUAUAUAUGCGAGGAGCCCCACGGCAGCAGAAGAGAGAAAUUGUUCUGCCCAAGAGGUCAAGAGCACCCAACCGCCCAAAAUCCCAGCCACCCGCAUCUGUUGUUCACCAGCAGAAGAAGAGGACACCAACACGCAAUACCCGAAAAUCUGUUCACCAGCAGAAGGGAGAACACCCACCCAGAUCUGUUCGUGAAAGAUCCAACGCCACUGACAGCCUCUGUUCUUCUCAACCAGCUUUGUUAGGGAGGACAGCAGCACAAGUUUGGCUUGUUCUUCAUUGGACGGGUGUUGUUGAUUCUUAAUUUGAAUUUUUUAUCAUGGUUGUCUGCUGGAAUUACCGAAUUAUGGCUGCUGUUGACAACAUAA